AUGUCGUUUCCUUCCCCGACCAAGACCUACCGUACAAAGACGUAUGACGCCAUCUCCCCGUCUCGUGCUGAGUUAUCGACUAAAGGGAGGCAUGCCUUCAUCUCAGGCGGCGGUGCAGGCAUCGGGGCCUCCAUCGCGCAGUCCCUUGCGAAGUCAGGCAUCUCGAGCCUGGGACUUCUCGGGCGGUCGGUCAAGUCUCUCGAAGGCACCAAGGCCGUUAUCCAGGCCCUGAACGGAGAGACCAAAGUGUACCUGUACGCGGCCGACGUCACGGAUGUCAAUGCAACUUCUGAGGCUCUGACCUCGUUCUCGGAAUCCAUCGGUGCCAAGAUCGACAUUCUCAUAGCCAACGCCGGCUACAUGGCCGACCUCAAAUCCAUCCCCGAUUCCGACCCCUCUGACUGGUGGCGUGCCUUUGAGAUCAGUGUCCGCGGCAACUUCAACCUCCUCCGCGCGUUCCACCCCCACGCAUCCUCCUCCGCCUCGGUGAUCCACAUCUCCACUGCCGCGAUCCACCUGCCUUACAUGUUUGGCUACUCGGCCUACCGUGCCUCCAAGAGCGCCGCGACGAAGAUGUUUGAAUACUUGCACGAGGAGAACCCCGACUUCUUUGUGCUUCAAGUGCACCCGGGCCUCAUCGGAGGCACGGCCAUGUCGGAGAAAUUUGCCUCAACGGUCGAGGAGCUUGGACUGGUGUACGAUGAUAUUGCGCUACCAGGGGAUUUUGUCGUGUGGGCGUUGAGCGGACAGGCUGGGUUCUUGAAUGGACGGUUCGUGCAUGCAAACUGGGAUGUAGAUGAGCUCAAGGGGCUUCGGGAUGAGCUGGAAAAGGACCAGAGUCGCUUUACCAUCGGGUUGCAGGGCUGGUUCUAG